CACGUAGAUAGGCCUUCUGGAAGGUUAGUCAUUGGAAAUUUGUUAACAUGAUAGGGAGGAUUAAUGCAACAAACGGCUCUUUCAGAGAUUUCAUUAAAAAAAUAGUGCUAUAAUAUGAAUGUUUUGACAAAACGUUAGUCAGGAUGAUUAACAAGAACCUACUUGCUGUACAAGGUGUCAUCUUUUUGAUCGGAUGCUGUCUACUGUACACAUCGUCAGGGAAUGAAAUAGUUCUCCAGGAAUCUACUGAUGAUGUAACAAUAACGCCUGUCAACUUCCCAAACGACACAGCUCCAUCAGCAAUCACUGUUAAGGCACCAUCGAACUACCGAGUUCUUUUGAAGUUUCUUCUGGUCCGUCUGCAAAAAGGAGAAAAAGUUACCUUUUGUAAUCUGAUCGAAGACAGGAUCAUCUCCAAGCGCCUCCUCACUCUAUCUAGGAGGAUCAGCCCUCCACCUCCUAACCUAAUAUCACCUGGAGAAAAACUUCUCAUCACAUUCUCCCGCGAAUCCCUUCGGGUCGAUAAUGGCUCGUUUAUUCUGAAUGCGACUUUGGUGGACAAGAAAGCUAUUGUUACACAGCUCGGCCCUGAAGAGACUUACAACCUGACAUCACCAUACUACCCGAACAACUACCCCCGUCUUGCCUUCUCCUUCCAAACCAUAUAUGCGCCAAUCGGAUGUAGGUUGAAAUACAGAGUAUUAGACUAUGUCGUCGCACCAAAGGACACGAUGUGCCUCAGCGAGAAGCAGAUAGCUUUGAAUACCGAAGGUUGCGACGUCGUAAGUCGUGGGGCAGAAAGAACGAUGUCAGGAAACUUGGCAUCUAUCUGGUUCAGCUCUGAUUCACAUCAGACACGGAAGAAGGGCUUUUUUGUUUCGUUCACUUCUGUGGGAGAGACAGAUGACACACCCUGUAUCAAGCAUGGCCAGAGUCUUUCACCAGCACCACCUAACAAAGGAUCAAAUACAGCUAGCAAACAAACCAGGGAAAGACGAGCAGCCAUCUACGAAACCACACCUCGAAAUGAAAACAGAACUACCCAAACCACGACACCGCCAUGGUAUCAAUAUUCCAUCUUGCAACUAGGUGGUGUCCUCCUUGCAGUUGCGAUCAUCGCUGUAUUCCUCAAUCAUCUCUUGAGGCGUACUAUGGAUCAAUGCUGUAAGACGCAGAUCUCUACCAUGCCAGACGCAUCGAUUCAAGAAAAGAGUCCCACCAGAACAAAGUCAGGAUGGCGUCCAACAUUAACGAGUCGCAGUUCGAAGUACGUUGUGAACCAGGUGGGAAGCGGCAGCAAAGACAAGUUGGACGGAUCUGGAAAAAGUGAUAGCGGUUUUGGACGUACGGACGAUGACGCAGACUACAUUACGAUGAGGAAAGUGAAUACUAUAUCAAGGGUCCCUCCUCAAAGGAAUCCACAGUCCGACAUCAAUCAAUCAAAGGGGUGGACCAUACCCGGAUCAAGCAGACAUGGAGUAGACAGAGGAUUGGUGAGGUUGAAGGAUGGCCCUGAUGUUGCCAGUCCCUCUGAUGGCGCUCAUCAACACUCCCAGCAUUUCAUCCCUCCACGAGUAUACAAGAAGUAUAACCCUUCACAGGUUAGGAAAUCACAGCGCUCUCUCUUGGAUGGUGAUACUUACAUCGUGGGGCAAUCCUUUGAUCCUGGCAGUCCAGGAUCUUAUGAAGAUCCUACUCCGAUUGUUUUCCAGCAUCCAUCAGCUUCACAGGUUAAACUAAGGGACAAGCCCGUCAACCGGAAGGCUUCAUUCAACAGAAGAGCAAGUGUUUCCAUGUUUAACCUCACCGAUAAUGACCUAGGCUUCGACGAUGGCUUCCAUCCACAGAUGCCUCCUGAGUUUCAACAAGUAGUGGAGCGAGAGAGCUACAGUCCAAGAAGGGAUCCUCCACCCGUGAAGCGCAGGGAACACUCCAGAAGUUCAUCCACCGACUCAUUGCCAUUAGAUUGCAAUGACAGAGGUCGGUGUUACUCACCAAUUGAACAGGAGGAUCGCUAUUCUACAGCGUUGGCCAAGUUUGAUGUCUUGUGCAACAGUUUCGAAACAAAGGCAAAUCGACAAAGCCCAAAUGUGGUCGAAUAUGUCAAUCUCCCACCCACGAACCGGAAGUGCUAUGCUGCCACUAAGAGGCCUGUAAUAUCGAGCUUAGGGUACUUGAAACCUUCGGAGGUUGUUCGAGCUCUCUCUACUUCCGCUUACGACCUUGCAGUUUCAUCCAGUUCUACUGACGUAAUUGAUGCUUCGAAAACUCAAACUAUGGGCAGUCCAAUUCUUUCAAACACCCAAAGGGCGCCUACCAAAUCCAACCUUUUGCUUCCCCGUCUGACAAACUCGAUCGAGGUAAGGGUAAAUGCACCUACAGAUGAUCAGAGCAGAAGCAGUAGUGACCGUGCUGGAUCUGCAUACAGGAGCUACUGUGAAAUCGAUGACAUUGAUCCAGGCACUGGGAUGGAGUCUGCAGGAGGUCAAAGUGAUCAUCAAGGAUAUAAUCUCACACAGAUUCGACUUCAUAGUAAAUAGGUUUUAUAAGGAAUUGAAACUAUAUUGAAAUAUCAUUAAUUUUAUUCAUUUGGAAGAAUGGUACCAUUUCCUAAUAGGAUAAGCUUAUUCAUUUAAGUAAAGCUUAAAUAUGAUUUAUAGAUUAAAGUGAUUGGUUAACAUUGGUUUGACUUUAAAAAAAUCUGAGCGAGAAGGUCACACAUGUCACCUGUGUC